GUUCAACAAUUGGUUGCCUGAUAUUUUUGAAAACAGGCAGUCAUUUAUUUAAAAAAACAGCAUUGAUUUUUGUUUCGCUAACGGAUACAAAAUUGAAUUUCAUCAGAAGUUGAAAUACGGUCGGCUUAGAUUUCAAAACGAUACUUACACCGUAUCGAAACGAAUCAAAUCAGAACAGGAGCGACUUCCGAAGUGGUCAGAUAUUGAUCGGAAAAAUGGCGAACAGAAAGUACAAGAAAUUAAAAAAUAAUAAGUCUGGAAAAUUGAAGUCGAUUUCGGUGUCAGCACCAAAGAAACCGGAAAAAGAGGAAAAAAUUGUCGGAUUGGCUACGAUCAAAUGCAAAUUCAAAUCAAUUAUUCGAAAAGAAUACCGCGAUGUAAUUUACAGUGCAAUCACCGAAAAAAGUUUAGAGGCGACAAAGAUAGCUGUAUUGGCUUCGCAAUUGUUUUUGUUUAAAGUUCAAAGUGCAAUGGACUACAACAACUUCGGUUUCUUUGAACAAAAUGGUGAGAAGUUAAUUCGCAAGUGCUUUUACGCGGUUUUGGGGAAAAAUAUCGAAAAUUGCACCAUGGAACCCGAAUUUCGGCAAUUUGCACAAAAUUUGGACGAUGAUCAUCGCUUUGAAUGGCCAAAUAACAAACAUUUUGGUAAUGCCAUGGGCGAUAUCAUUGAUAUCUACGAAAACAAUUUGAUUACAAAUUUGAACACGCACCCAGGGAAACGAUUACGCGAAUAUCUCAACAUGAAGGUGUACAUGAUUAAUUCGAAUCCGUAUUCGGUUUUCAAAUUUCAAGAAAAGGAUGUUAGUGCGUGUAUCCGUUUGGCUAUUUAUGGAAAUGAUGUAGUCAUUCGUGGAAUGGAUGAUGUCGCCAAACGUGAGAGAGUACAAUGGUUGAUGGAUUACAUUCGCCGAAUUUGCUGGUGGGAUAUUCCAAACGAUAAUUUGGGUUUAUUCACGAAAAAACAAUGGUUCAAAUCGUUGCAAAUCUGGCUUACUAUGCAGCGCGAGAUUGAUGAAUUCAACAUUGAUCAAGAGCUAAGAGAAGAACGCAAAGAACAAAGACAAGAGCAACGAAAGCAACGUCGUCAAAAACGAAAACAAGAUGGCCAACAACAAUCGAAAUCGCCUGAGGAUAAUGCAAAGAACAACGUACCGAAAAUCAAAAAUUUGACGGUUAUUCCAAUUUGUCAAUUCAAGCGCAAGUAUUUUCCCAUCGAUACUUUCACGCUGUAUAAAAUAUUAUGCGGUUUGAAGCUCAUGCCAAAGAACGAUAAUGGAAUACAGCUGACAUCAAAAGAAUUUCAGCGCGACAAAGAGUGGUAUUGGGACAAAAUUUUUGAUAUGCCGAAAAUCAAACGGCUUGGCAAACGAAAGAAAAUGUUCCAUUAUCGAAUAAUGUCAGAUGGCGAAGGAGUUUCGUUGCUAUAUGAUAUUGAACGAGAGCCGUUCAAACCAAUUGACAAAGCGGCGAUCCGAAAACGAUUCGUUGAAAAUGGACCUGACAAAAUUAAGAAAUUGUUGGGCAUUGAUCCGAAUGAAAAAACGUGGAAUGCGACAGUGCAACGUGAUGUAGAAACGGGCAAAGAGGUUAACAUCAAGAUAAGCUCAAAACAUUAUCAUUGGAUCGCCAAACAAAAGGUACGAAACAAGAAGGCAAAACGUUAUACGAAGUCAUUCACUCAAGAGGAACAAAAUGAUCGAAAUAAUCGGGCACUGUAUCCCGCGAUGCCGUCUCCCAUGGGAAAACAUUGGUUGUGUUAUGUGCAUCAUCGAUUGAAAAUGUUGGACAAAGGAAUGGAGGCGUAUGCAUCGGACAAAUAUACGCGGCUGUGUUUCGACAAAUACGUCGAAUCAAACAGUGCAAUCGAUCAAAUUGCCGGCAUGUUGGUGAAUUAUGAAGCAGCAGUGGUGUAUUUUGGAGCGGCUGAAAUAUCACCAAAUCUACCGUUCCAUAUCAAGAAGCAUGUGAGAUGCCCCGGUGCACGUAAAAUGAAGAAUGCCUUCAAAAAGCGUGGUGAUUGUGUCAUUGUGCCGACGGAUGAAUAUUAUACGUCUCAAACUUGUCCAAAGUGUUUGGAAAGAUUUGAUCCCCGCACAAAAAGUCAUCGGUUCAAAGUCUGUCAAGACUGUAAGCCCCAUCCAGCUGCUAUGUUGCCAUCCAUGAUCGUAACACAGAUGGGCACACGAAAAUUGCAGACAUUUCGGAAAAUAGAUCGAAUAGCAAAUGCAGAAGCAGAAGCAAAUCAUCAAAAUGCAGGACCUUUACUCUCAAAGGUGGUAGUAUACCGCAAAAUCUGGCUAGUAAACCCUGAUAGUGGUGUUUUGGAAUACGCUGAUACUGAUGCUGCUCAACAACAACCGAGUGCUGCUGAACAACUUAACGCGCUUGUAGCUGCAAUUGAGGUGGAAUUUAUUGAUUUUGAGGGGCGAAUCAAACGCAAGACAGUUUGGCAUCGCGACAUUGCCGCUGCGAAAUGCAUCCUCAUCAAGGGGCAUUUUUGGCUGUUUGACCUGGAGAUACCCAAGACAUUACAGAGACCAGCGCCUGCAGCUCAAAACAAUCAGUAUUAAGCAUCAGCUAGCCAUUUAAUAAAAUUAAUUUAAAAAUUUAUACGGUAACACUUUGUUACUUUCCGCUAUGCCUGAAGCUGUGGUAUAGUAGGCUUUGCCUGACGCACCUAUUAAGUGGUGUUUUUCCAUUGUAAGUAUCUGAUAUCAACAGUUUCGAUGAUAGUUACAGUACACGGAGCGAUUGCUAUUUGGACCAUAUAUAUGGUUUUUCUUUUGCUUCGGGAAGUCGUAAUAGCAAUCGAUACGUUCUGUGAAUGCUAUCACUUAGCACAGAAUUUUACGCUCUUUUAAUUGAGA